AUGGUCUCUGCAAUCUCUGUAGACCUUCAUCGGUUCAUGGGGCCGGUUCUUCGGUGGGGAGAUGUGAAGGAACCGCGACUUCGUUGUCUUCGGAUGGAGGGGGUCUUUACCCUUGCUGAGCCUAGACUGGACUGGGGUACUAUGACAGGAGUGCACCUACUGGUUUGGCUGGGUAUGCUAAGCAUCCUAGGUAAAGUUACGUUGGGAGCUCUAGGCCUGAGUUCGUUCCCAAUUACGCUUCAGCGUGCAGUAUUCAUCCUCCAGCUCGAUGUUUUUGGUAUGAAGAUGUUCGUACUUCUUGGACAUCUUGGUAACCCUGGUGCGGAGGAGCUCUACUUUUGCCUGGUGUUGGCUCUGCGCAAAUCUCGCGCCCUGGUGCUCAGGGCCUGGGGGAUAUGCGCCAACACGUGA